AUGGAGGAAAUAACGGAGGGUAUGGAGGAAAUAGCGGAGGGUAUGGAGGAAUUGACGGAGGAUAUUGAGGAAAUAGCGGAGGAUAUGGAAGAAAUAGCGGAGGGUAUGAAGGAAAUAGCAGAGGGUAUGGAGGAAAUAGAGGAGGGUAUGAAAAAAUUGGCGGAGGAUAUUGAGGAAAUAGCGGAUGUUAGGGAGGAAAUAGCGGAGGGUAUGGAGGAAAUAGCGGAGGUUAUGGAGAAAUUGACGGAGGAUAUGGAGAAAAUAGCGGAGGUUAUGGAGAAAUUGACGGAGGAUAUGGAGAAAAUAGCGGAGGGUUUGGAGGAAAUAGCAGAGGGUAUGGAGGAAAUAGCGGAGGAGGAUAUGGAGAAAAUAGCGGAGAGCAUGGAAAAAUUGACAGAGGAUAUGGAGAAAAUAGCGGAGGCUUUGGAGGAAAUAGAAGAGGGUAUGGAGGAAAUAGCGGAGGGUAUGGAGGAAAUAGCGGAGGAUAUGGAGGAAUUGACGAAGGAUAUUGAGAAAAUAGCGGAGGGUAUGGAGGAAUUGACGGAGAAUAUUGAGGAAAUAGCGGAGGGUAUGGAGGAAUUGACGGAGAAUAUUGAGGAAAUAGCGGAGGGUAUGGAGGAAUUGACGGAGGAUAUUUAG